AUUGACUCCUUCUCCCACCACCCACAACUUCUCUUCUCCCAUCCCAUAAACGCAAUCCACACCACUGCAACCAUGGGUUUCACCGACCUCGUUUCCGAAGCAGGCCUGACACUCCUGAACAACUUUGUCAAGACUCGCAGCUACAUUAUUGGCUACACCCCAUCGCAGGCCGAUGUCAAGGUCUUCCAGCAGAUCAAGGAGGUUCCCGCGCCAGAGAAGUACCCGUACGCAUGGCGCUGGUACAACCACAUGCUCACCUUCGAGGGCGAGUUUGACUCCCUUCCUGGUGACCCAACCAAGGAGUUCACUGCCUACGGCCCCGAGUCUUCAGAGCUCACCCUGAACCCCGCCAAGGCCCCUGAGAAGGAGGCUGAGGACGAAGACGACGACGAGGUCGACCUGUUCGGCAGCGACGACGAGGAGGAGGAUGCCGAGGCUGCCAGGAUCAAGGAGGAGCGUCUGGCCGAGUACAACAAGAAGAAGGCUGGCAAGACAAAGCCCGCUGCCAAGUCUAUCGUCACCCUCGACGUCAAGCCAUGGGACGACGAGACCAACAUGGAGGAGCUCAAGGCCAACGUUCUCGCUAUCGAGAAGGACGGUCUCGUCUGGGGUGGCUCUAAGCUUGUUGCCGUCGGUUUCGGUAUCAAGAAGCUCCAGCUUAACGUUGUCAUCGAGGACGAUAAGGUGUCGCUGGACGACCUCCAGGCACAGAUUGAGGAGGACGAGGACCACGUCCAGUCCACCGACGUUGUUGCCAUGCAAAAGUUGUAGAUGCGCCGCUGAUUGCAGGCCAUUUUAUGACCAUUUGACGAAGAGUAUGCACCAUCAUGACAGGCGGUUUGGCGGUGGUUAACGGUUUGACGUCUUUAUGAGCAGUCGCUAGGCGAUAACCAAAAUAACGACAUGGUAGAGAUACCACUUCCCACUGCGGGACCAACAACAACAACAACAACAACAAAAGUUGCUGCUUAUGUGCACCAGUGACAUAAAGUCAUCCUGCAAUACAGACGAGAGAAGUGUGCUCAGUAUGAGGAUUGAGUGGAUGACUGCAUGGUCAUAAACUGAUGUUGCUCUUUGUCUUUGUGUGCCGAGCAGACGUAGAGCCAGUCCCGAGCAGCCGGACGCGCGAGCGUGUUGUUUCAUGAGCCGCCUCUGAUGUUGGACAUGUGCCCUGAAGCGCGCCACAACGGAAAUUGCCAUGAAGCGAAAGUGUGUUGAGCAACGGCAUCCAACGGAUCAUGUGUUCGCGCUCAGCUCGCAUCCAUAGACGGUAAUGAUCGCUAUGAGGCUGAUAACAGCGGUACCACGCCGAUGAGAUGGGGAAUGGGCCGGGCUUUGAUUCUGCCGCUACCACUCAGCGAGCAACAAGCGGCACCGAAGUAUAUCACAAGCACUCCGCCCUGGGGGGCUGGAGGAGGAAAGAGGUAGGUAAGCGUCUUGGUUAGUGCUACAAUUGGAGACUUGCCCCACCA